GCGUUCAUGGGUUUUAAAGUUCUCUUCGAUAUAUUAUAAAAUUAAUAAGUGGUCAGACAAAAACGUUUCAGAAGAAACUGAGUAGUAAAUCAGAACAAAAAAAAGUCGAAUCACGCAAUAAUCAAACUCCCAGAAAUAUCCCACACACAAAGACGAAGCAAUUUACAAACUUUGGCUGCUUUGUCUUAAAUCUGAAUCGUCCUUUUGCGUAAUCAAUAACCGUUUUCUUCUUCACCCACUCAUCUUCUUUCUUCUUCUCUCUCUCCCAAGAUUUUUUCUGCUUGUGGGUCUCCAUUCUGGGGAUUUCCUGAAGAUGGGUAACAAAUUUAUCUGUAUGAAGAAGAAAGAUGUUAUCAUUAGAAGUAGUGGAGGAGAUGGAUCUAGAAGCAAGAGAGUAAACCGUUCUCAAAGGAAAUUGCUUGGUGAUGAAGAGAUGUUGCAUCGACGAGCUUUGUCAAUGGCGAUUCAUCAAGCUCAGCUUUCUCAGAGAUUCGAUGGAUCCAUGUCUAGACGGGUCGGGUCUACUAGCUCUAAAAUACGCACACUCUCUGACCCAUUUUCCAAUAACAAGCAGGUAUCUGAUCUUCUGGAGAGCUUGAAGGUUAAGAAAUUCAUUCUUGUACAUGGUGAAGGGUUUGGGUCAUGGUGUUGGUACAAAACUAUUGCUUCAUUGGAAGAGUCAGGACUAUCUCCUGUUACAGUUGACCUCGCUGGCUCUGGAUUUAAUAUGACCGACGCAAAUAGUGUUUCCACUUUAGAAGAAUACUCAAGACCGUUGAUCGUGCUACUUCAAAGUCUUCCCGAGGAAGAAAAGGUAAUUCUGGUGGGUCACAGUACUGGAGGUGCAUGUGUUUCGUAUGCAUUAGAGCUGUUUCCAGAGAAAAUCUCAAAAGCUAUAUUCAUUUGUGCCACUAUGGUUUCUGAUGGACAAAGACCCUUUGAUGUCUUUGCUGAUGAGCUUGGUUCUGCAGAGAGGUUCAUGAAAGAGUCACAGUUCUUGAUCUAUGGAAACGGAAAGGACAAGCCUGCAACAGGAUUCAUGUUCGAGAAGCAACACAUGAAAAGCUUGUACUUCAAUCAAUCACCCAAUAAGGACAUCGCAUUGUCGAUGAUCUCAAUGCGACCUGUACCAUUGGGUCCUAUGAUGGAGAAGCUGUCGCUUAGUGAAGAAAGAUAUGGGAAAGGUCGGAGAUUCUAUGUUCAAACGCUAGACGACUUGGCACUUUCACCGGACGUGCAAGAGAAACUGGUACGAGAGAAUAGUCCCGAAGGAGUUUUCAAGAUUAAAGGAAGUGAUCAUUGUCCUUUCUUCUCUAAACCUCAGUCUCUUCAGAAGAUCCUUCUUGAGAUCGCUCAGAUUCCUUAAAAGAGAAAAAUAAAUCUUGAAUUCAUGUAUAAUACUUGCAAUUUUUUCCACUUCGUAUAAACUUUUGUAUAUUUACGUUAAUAGCAAGCAAGAUUCUCGGUAAUGCCCACUCGAAAUGAUACUUUUCAUAGUCCAAAGAAGUGUUCCUUACUCGAAAUGCUUUCUUCAUAUUUAAUUUGCUUACUAAUAAAAAACCUAAC